AGGUUUUAAAGUUCAGGAAAAGCUUACAAAAAUAAAUAAAUAAAUGCAAUCCUGUUUACUGAAUGUCAAGUCGCACCCUGAUACGGGCUGGUGGAGCCGCGGACGAGGGUUAAUUUAAUAAUUCCUCACAAUGAGAAAUUACAAAGGGCUUUCGUUCUUAAAAUGUUUUGAUGGAUAGAGCUGAGAGAACAUGGGAAAACGUUUUUUUUUAUUUAUUUAUUUUAUUUUUUUUAUUUGAAACUGUUUCAAAUAAAACAUACAUUAGACAUUAAAAUAGCUCCACGAAUCAAUUUUAAAGACACCUCUUUCUUUUAAGCAGAGAGAUAUAUAAAUUUUGAUUUUCGUACAAACAAAAAUUACUCUUGUACAGGAAGCCCUCGUUAUACAGCGACCAACAAACUCAGAACCGUCAAGACUGCAAACCAGACCGUAGGCAAGAUCACCGCUGUCAACAAUGCGAGAGGGAGAGGACGGCAGACAGGACAGAAAGAAAGGGGGCCAGGCUGUCCCUUAUUCAAAUAAUGGAUUUCCUAUAGGAAAAAAAAAAAAAAGAAUAGUUUUCUUUUCACUAGUUGGUUAAAAAAACAUCCAAGUCUCGAAUUUUUGAGAGAGAGAGAGAGAGAGAGAGAGAGAGAGAGGAGGACUAGAGAGAAGGAAAAAGUGGGGACAGAGGGAGAUGGGAGGGGAAAAGCGUGCUUGAGAGGAGAGUAAAGAAAAUCCCAAUUUCUUUAGGAAUUACUUCUCUGGUGUUUGGAAGGGCGGUGGGUCAACGUUGCUUUGCUAAACUCUGGUCUUUAGUAGAUUUUUUUUAAAAAAUAGAAAUGACAAUAAUAAUUUAAGUUUUGUUAUUACGUCGCCCAAGGCAGCUCCGUGCCGUUUUUUGUUUUUUUUUUAAAUUGUUCGCUCGGCUUUCGUUUAUCAUUGAGAUUGAAUUUACUGUCAUUGAUUUUUAUUUAUUUAUUUUUAUGGUAAUUAAAAAAAAAAAGCGAUUAACUAAUUAAUUAUUUAAUUAGGUAAAAAAAAAAAAUCACAACUUAAAUACAGUACAGUUCUGUGAGGCACAAAAAAGACGUGAGGAUUUUGAACGUAUUAUUAUUAUUAUUAUUAUUAUUACAGUUGUUUAUGAAGUGAAAUAUAAUAUUUUGAAGAGGAUACCUUUUUGAACCAUUGAAAACGUUUGCCAAUGAAUUUAUUUUUAUAGUUUCUUUUAGUAUUUGUAAGAAUAAGGGAGUCGUUUUUCAUGAUUUUUGGUUGCUGUGGAUAUCCUUCCGAACAGUUACUGCAGAAGCACCUCCGCGUUUCCUCGUUUGGGAGUACUGCCGGUGUCGCUUGCUUCAGAAAGAGGGAUCCGGUGCUAUCGGAUAGAGGCACAGACAGACAGACGGACCUACUUCUCCGGUUCAGCCGAGCGAUGCUAAGCCUCUUUGGAGUUUUUCUGUGGGCGCCCCUUUGUAUAAGCCUCGGGGUCAAAGGUCAUUUGCCCAAAACAGGAAGGGUGUGCUCUCAGAAGACUGUCAGGGUGCCCCUGGUUUACAAUGAGAGCUUCGUUCAGCCCGUGUACAGGCCCUACCUGACCAGCUGCCCAGGACACAGGAUCUGCAGCUCCUACCGGACGUCCUACAAAGUGUCUUUCCGUCGGGUUCACAAAGAGGUUGUGCAGACUAGCGCCAUCUGUUGUCCAGGCUGGAGAAAGCGCUCCCCUCACUCACUCAGCUGCGAUAUAGCUCAGUGUCCCAGGCCGUGUCUCAAUGCAGGGGUGUGUGGCAAGCAGCCGGGGCUCUGCUCCUGUAAACCGGGCUGGACUGGGAACCACUGCCAAACUGAUGUGAACGAGUGCCUCUCUCCUCUCCACUCCUGCACUCAGAUCUGUGUCAACACUCCCGGAAGCUUUGUCUGCACUUGUCACAACGGUUAUGUCCUGAGGCCUGAUGGGAAAUCGUGUGAAAGAGUGGAGGCCGCGGAGCCUGUGUCUGGAGAGCUGAGAGAAGAGGUGAAGACUCUGAGGAGUAAAAUAGAGAGUCUGGAGAGGCGUGUGGAGCGAGCUGUCUCUCUGGUCUCCCGUCUUGUGCCGGUCAGUUUGGAGGAGCUGAGAGACGAUGACAUCACUGCGUUCUGGGAGAGGCUGCAGGACCUGGACCGCAUCGAGUCUCUGAGUGAACAGAUCCUGCUGCUGGAGGAGAGGCUGCCCAGCUGUUCCUGCAAAGAGAAUCGAUGACACACCCAAGAUUUCAGCCAUGCACUUUGACCUCUGCACAGCGACAACGGGACAAAACUGGAUGUUAAAUACACACACACAGACAUGCAGUCUACACUACAGACUGACUACACUACACACCCAGAAACAUGCAGACACAUAGUCUACACUGCACACACAGAAACACACUGAGUAUCUACACUGUACAUGCAGAAACACACGGACAGUCUACACUGCACACGAAUAAACAGGGACGCACAGUCUACACUGCACACGCCGAAACAGUGAGGCUACACUGCACAUGAAUAAACACAGUGACACAGUCUACAGUGCAACACAUACGACAGUGCAACACACACUGACAGUGACACAUACAGUCUACAG